AUGCCUGAGCAAAUUGUCCAAUAUCAGCUGAGUCGCGCCAUGGCCAGUGACGACGAUAAAGCCGUUGAGAAGGCAGGUGAUGGUGACGUUGAUAUGGCAGAAAAGCCGGAAACAUCAGAUUCAGAGCUAGACGAAGGCGGUGACGGUAAGAAUGCGACCAAUGACCCGAAAAAAGAGGAUUCGGACGAUGACAGCGAUGGCGAUGAUAGCGAGGAUGACGAUAGCGAAGAUGAGAAAGAAGCAGCGGAGGAGGCGGAGCGAAAGGCUUUGAUUGACCAAGUCAAAGCGCGCAUCGCAUCGAAUCCAUACGACUAUCAGGCUCACGUUCAGCUGAUAUCCCUGCUGCGGCGCAGCAGCAUGCUGGAGGUUUCAAGGGGUGCACGAGAGGCGAUGAAUGCACUGUUCUCGCUCUUACCCGCCAUGUGGCAGCAGUGGGCUCUGAGGCGCCUCAACUGCCACCUCUUCCCUUCCCCUUCCUCCCCUUCUCCUCCCCCACCUCUAUUCACCCCCUUACCCCCUGGUCAGCUGAUAUCUCUCCUGCGCCGCAGCAGCAUGCUGGAGGAGCUGCGGGCAGCGAGGGAGGCGAUGAACGCGCUCUUCCCGUUAUCGCCCGCCAUGUGGCAGCAGUGGGCUCACGACGAGACGCGCCUCAUCGCCUCUCUCAUCGUACCAAUUCGUGCAUUUCUUUGGGAUCCCAUCUGCUUCUCAUUGCGUGCUGAAACCCACAGAGACGCUGACGUGGCAAAGGUGGAAGCUCUGUACAAGCGUGGAGUGGAGGAGUACGUGGUGAGUCUCUCUCCCCCCUUUCACCUCCGGUCCCUUCUCUUCCCCCCUCCUCCUUCUCUCCCACCUCAUCCUCGCCUGUGCCCUUCCUCCCAUUUCCUCUCCUCCCAUUUUCUCUCCUCCCAUUUCCUCUCCUCCCAUUUCCUCUCCUCCCAUUUCCUCUCCCCCCAUUUCCUCUCCCCCCAUUUCCUCUCCCCCCAUUUCCUCUCCCCCCAUUUCCUCUCCCCCCAUUUCCUCUCCUCCCAUUUCCUCUCCUCCCAUUUCCUCUCCUCCCAUUUCCUCUCCUCCCAUUUCCUCUCCUCCCAUUUCCUCUCCUCCCAUUUCCUCUCCUCCCAUUUCAUCUCCUCCCAUUUCCUCUCCUCCCAUUUCCUCUCCUCCCAUUUCCUCUCCUCCCAUUUCCUCUCCUCCCAUUUCCUCUCCUCCCAUUUCCUCUCCUCCCAUUUCCUCUCCUCCCAUUUCCUCUCCUCCCAUUUCCUCUCCUCCCAUUUCCUCUCCUCCCAUUUCCUCUCCCCCCAUUUCCUCUGCCUUCCUCCCCCCUCCCUCACUCAAUCACUGCCUCGACGCUCUUCUCACCGUCCUCCCUCCAAUUCCGUUCCACAAUUCUCUCCCCAGUCACCCCCUCUCUGGCAGGCCUAUCUCGCCUUCCUCGCACCCCACCACCCCGCCAUCACCACACACACUCCAACGGCCUGCAGCUCUUUAUCACUCCUCUCCACCCCUCUCCACCCCUCUCCGCCCUUUUCCGCCCCCACAGAGCAAGCUCUCUCCCAGGUUGGGUUACAUCUGAGGGAGGGCGCAUCUGUCUGGGGGACUUUCAGGGGAUUCGAGAUGGAGGUUCUGCGGAAAGUAACGGACGAGGAGGAAAAGACGAAGCAGGCCGGCCGGGUGCGCGGGCUGUUCCAUCGCCAGCUGGCGGUGCCUCAUUUGCAGCUGCCUGCUACGCUGGCAGCGUAUCUGGCUUGGGAGGCGGAGGAAGGCGGCGAGAAGCUUCCUACACCCUCGUCCGAGUCGUCUCCGGACGUCGAGAAGCUUCCGGGAAGCGUCAAGGCAGCAUAUUUGAAAGCGGAAAAGAUGGUGGGGGAGCGGAGGGGUGUGGAGGAGAGGGUCGAGAAGCUGGAAGGGGAGAAGAGGCGAGUGGAGGAGGAGGGGGGUGGUGCAGCGGCAGGGGGGGGGGGAGGAGGAGGAGGUGAGAGUGGCACUGCUCCUACGUUUGAGAAGACGGAUGAGCUUAUGCAGGCAUACACGGAGUACAUGGCGUUGGAGGCAGCCAGUGGGGACAUGCCACGUCAGCAGGCCAUGCAUGAGAGGGCGGUGACGGGCCUCCCGGUGGUGUUUGACGUGUGGCAGAAAUACAUUGACCUCGUUGACCACAAGCUCAAGGUCUUUGAGAAGGCCCUUGUCUCAGGAGUUCAGUCUGCAGAUGAGUACUUUGACAUUUUUCUCACCCGCCUGGACGGUUUGAGGCGCCGCCUCAUGCCUCCUCCUGAACCUUCCAAGGGCACUGCUAAAGGGGUUGUUCUUAGCGAGGAUGAAAAGACGGCGCUGGUAGCCACGCUGCGAGCAACCUUUGAGCGAGCAGCUGAGUUCAUGGCUUCGUAUUUCCCCGACCACCAGCAAGCACAGCUGCACCUGGUGGGGUACCAAGCGCACAUAGAAUGUCAGCUGCAGAAGGCAGGGGGGGAGGGGGCAUCUGGGGGAGGUGCGACUGGAGCGGUGGAGGAAGCUGCUGGAAGGGCCAUCUGGGAGCAAUUCCGGCUCCUGUCACCAGGCCGGCCGGGCUUUACUCAGUUUGAGACGGGUGGGGCUACAACCUGGCACGGUCGCGGCUCCUCUCACCAAGCCUGGCUGGGUUUCACUCAGUUUGAGACGGAGAGGGGGUGCUACAACCAGGCCCGAUCAGUCUUCCGUCGCUGCUACAGCCGGAAGUUUGACUCUCCCUCAGGCACAGAGGAGGUGUGCUCAGCAUGGACACGGUUCGAGAGGGAGUGGGGAACUCUCGGGGACCUGGAUCUUGCUUCAGACAAGGUUGCCCCUCGCUUGGCUGAAGUGGCAGCCUAUCACACACACGAGGAUCAGGCACAGCUGUACCAACAGCACCGGCAGCAGCAGGAGCAGAAGCCACAGCAGCAGAUGGCGAAAGGGCGCGGGCAAAAGCGCAAGGUGGCAGGAGGGGACGCACGAGGAGAAGGAAGGGGUGGAGGGAAGGGGAGAGGAGGAGGAGGAGCAGAAGGAGGAGAAGGUGGAGGAGGAGGUGGGGAGAGAGGGGGGGAGGGUGGGGGAAGAGAUCGAGGCAAGAGGCAGCGUCCGGGAUUAGGGUUUGACAAGAGGCAGGGGCGAGGGACGGAGGGGCUUGGUAAGGAGGCAGGUGAUGGUUCGGCAGAGGAAGGGAAAGAGACCGUGGGUGGGAAAGGAAAGGGAGGGGAGAAGGCAGAAGAUGGGGGAGAGAAAAGGGAAGAGGGAGGGGAGGCACAGGAGCAGGAAGGGCCGAAGCAUGAUGGGGAGGAUAAGGAGGCAGAGAGGAAGGAAGGAGAAGAGAAGGGGCAGCAGGGGCAGCAGGGGCAGCAAGGGCAGCAACAGGGCCGCUUUUUCACGGACAAGAAUACGGUGUUCCUCUCGAACCUCGAUCUUAGUACGACUCGGGACGAGAUCCUGGAGCUUCUGAAAGAUUGUGGCGAGAUUCGGGACGUGCGGAUGGUGUUCAACCACUCCACUGGGCAGUUCCGGGGCUUCGCCUACGUGGAGCUGGGCAGUGCAGAGGCGGUGGCAGCAGCAGAGAAGCUCAACAGGACGCCAAUGAGAGGGCGCCAGCUCCUUCUUAUACCUUCCUACCCAAUUUCCCACUCCCUUUCCUGUCCUUCCCCUCUUUCCCUCACCCCUCCACUCCCCCCCACCCCCCUCUCGCUCGCCCCCCUCCCCCCAAAUCUUCCCACUCCCCUCCUUGCAGCCUACCAUCCUUCCCACCGAGGCGGCAGAGGCGGGCGGGGAGGCCGCGGCUUGCAGCCUUUGUCAGCUAGUGCCAGGCGGGGGGGUCAGCUGCAGCUGAUUGGCUCGCCAACCUUUGCCAUGCCACGGGCUGUGGGACAAGCCCUGGGGAGAGGUGUGGCUGGAAGGGCACGGGGGAGAGGAGGGGGGAGAGCAGGGGGGAGGGGUGGUAUGGGGAGAGGACAGCAGGGGGGAGGCGGUGCGAAGGGGGAGGAGAUGGGUGGAGGGGGGGGAGGAGGGGGAGAGGCGAAUGGGGAGGCGGGAGGAGAUGGUGGUGCAUGCGACGGCGACGACGGUGAUGACGUGGACACGAGUGCCUUCUCCUCUUCCGGCAACGGCGCGCUUCACCGCGUGGGCGGCUUGGCCGCGGUGACUGCUGACGUGUCACUCGGGGACGCACUUGACGAACUUGGCGGCGGCCCGGAGGAGCGGCUCGGCGUGAACGGGCGGCGAUUAAAGUUCAAAUUGGGCGGCUCGGAGGAAGCUUCGUCGGAGCUUCUUGGGGCGGCGGCUAAGGAGGUUGAGAAAGGGGUAGAGGCGGUGGGAUCGGCGGCGCUUAAAACGCGGGAGACGGAGAGAUCGGUGGAGAGCGAGGAAGAGACGAAACGAAAGAUGAGGAUAUCCCACGGCCGAAUCAUCUCGGUUCUACUCUUCCUCGCCCUCCUCUCAACGCUCCUCCUCGUCGACUCCUUCAUCUGGCGCCUCAUCCGCCGCCCCCUCGCAGCCUUCUUCCUCACAAUUCCCUUCCUAGCCGCCGCCGCCACGUCAGCAUACGCGGGCGCCAUCGCCAUCCCGUUCCUGCGCUCGCUUAAAGCCCAGCAGGUGGUGCGAGAGGAGGGCCCCGCCACGCAUGUGACUAAAGCGGGGACGCCCACUAUGGGGGGGCUGUUCUUCGUGCCGCUGGGUGUGCUUGUAGCGAGGGUGGCGACUGGGAGUCCGCCUGAGCUGGCAGGGGUGACAGCGGCAACGGUGGCGAUGAUGGCGGUGGGGGCGGUGGAUGAUGGGUUGUCUCUGGCUAAGAAACACAACUACGGGCUUACACCGAUGGGGAAGCUGGGUCUACAG